CUUGAGUUAUAGACAAGCAUCAUCUUGGAUGUUACACCUGCAGAGAGCGGGAGGGUCAGAGGGCUCCAUAAGGAUUUGUCUGGGUAGCGGAGCAAUACCAUGGUUCUCUGCAUAGGUUCACAGACUCUUCACUGAGUUAUAUGCCUCUGAAUACUUAAUAAAAUUGUCCUUUAUUUUAUGUGUAUUGCUGUAAGCAGAGAAUGCUUUCACUGGUCCCAUGGAUGGUAUGGGUCUCGUCUGUCUGCUUUCUACAAGGCAGGCCUGGGUCCUGUAAGGAGAUUAAGCUACCUAGCAGGGUAGGGAAGGCCCCUUCCCCAUCUGACUUUCUGGAUAAACUUAUGGGAAGGACAUCUGGGUAUGACGCCCGCAUUAGACCCAACUUCAAAGGUCCUCCUGUGAAUGUCACCAUUAACCUCUUCAUCAACAGCUUUGGAUCCAUCACAGAAACCACAAUGGAUUAUCGUCUCAAUGUGUUUCUACGUCAACAAUGGAAUGACCCGCGACUGGCCUAUAAGGAGUACCCUGAUGACUCUCUGGACCUGGAUCCUUCCAUGUUGGACUCCAUCUGGAAACCUGACCUUUUCUUUGCCAAUGAAAAGGGGGCAAACUUUCACGAAGUCACCACAGACAACAAACUGCUGCGGAUAUUCCAAGAUGGGAAUGUCCUCUACAGUAUCAGGUUAACUCUGAUCCUGUCCUGCCCCAUGGAUCUGAUGAAUUUCCCCAUGGACAUUCAGACGUGCUCUAUGCAGCUGGAAAGCUUUGGCUACACCAUGAAUGACCUGUGUUUCCAGUGGCUGGACAUUGGUCCUGUCCAGGUUGCUGAUGACCUGAUGCUUCCUCAGUUUGUGUUGAAGGAGGAGAAAGACUUGGGCUACUGCACCAAGCACUACAACACAGGUAAAUUUGCCUGCAUUGAAGUAAAGUUCCACCUGGAGAGACAGAUGGGCUACUACCUGAUCCAGAUGUAUAUCCCCAGCCUGCUAACCGUUAUCCUCUCCUGGGUCUCCUUCUGGAUCAACAUGGAUGCCGCCCCAGCUAGAGUGGGCCUUGGUAUCACCACAGUGCUCACCAUGACAACCCAAAGCUCUGGGUCCAGGGCAUCCCUGCCUAAGGUGUCUUAUGUGAAGGCCAUUGAUAUCUGGAUGGCUGUGUGUCUUCUUUUUGUGUUCGCUGCACUGCUGGAGUAUGCAGCAGUAAACUUUGUUUCACGGCAGCACAAAGAGUUCUUCAGACUGAGGAAAAGGAUCAAAGAACAACAGCGGCAGAGAACUCAGAGAAGUGGAAGUGGGGAGAGCAGCCAAGUGAAAGGUAACAACUUGCCAGGCAACAACUCCUCCCAGGGGACCCUGCCUGGCCCUCAGCAAUGCAGCGUCUGUGCCAGGGAGCAGGAGCUGGUGGAGCAGAGCCAAGCCUAUUUUCUCCAUAGUUAUGGAGUAGCAGGCGAUGCACCACCAGAGAUGGACGCCCCGAUCUUUCAGGCCUUACCUCAUGGGUUCCCACUGUAUGACAUCCGCAAGCAGUUUGUAGAUCGGGCAAAAAGGAUCGACACCAUAUCUAGGGCUGUGUUCCCUCUGAGUUUUCUCUGCUUCAAUGUUUUCUAUUGGCUCACCUACAAAGUGCUGCGGAAUGAAGCCAUCCGAGCUACUCUGUGACAAACCAACACGAGGACUGAAUUACAGCACUAAAAACCAAUACGGAGUUGAACCUAGUCUUCCACAGAACACUUUUACAGACAAUGUCAAAUCCAUUCAUUGUGCCAAUGGUAAAAUAAUUGACUGCAUGUCCAGUUCCAUUCAUUUUUUCACUAAAGUUAGCAAACCUGAUGUAGUCCAAGUGUCAUCCUUAAGGGGGCAAUCUGCAGUUUCCACCCCACCACUGAUUUGGUAAACAACCAUGGGAUUAGGCUGGAGAGAUAUAACCACUCAAAUGUGUAGACCGCUAUGGAUGCAGUUAAUGACCCUCCAUGAUAAACUUAAGAAUGUUUUUUUAGGCUAGUGCUUUAAGAAUCAAAUGAGUAUAUCUAAAUUAAGUCCAAAAAUAUGUGCCAAACGCAUAUUGCCCCUUUAACUUUCUAUUUUUUACAAUUCCAAUGGAAUGCACUAAUUAGCACAAAUAUUGUAGUCCUUGUACUAUGGAUACUUUUAAUGUCACUCAUGGAGCAAACACAAGCCCAGAUAUUGAGGCAGGACUGCAUGGAAAUGUUGGAUUCCCCCCCUCCCCGGAAUUGUAUUUUGUACUCGUUUCUGCCACAUUACAUUAUUACAAUUAUUAUUGGCAAAUAGUUAAUAAAUCCCUACAAAUGAUUUCAACCUAAUAUGGAAUACUAUGUAAUGGGACAGUACUAUCGGUACAUGAAUCAACAGAAGUGAAUGCUGGACAUUUUGAAUUGUCUAGUUAGACGAUGUUAUUCGUUAAUUGUCUUUCUUUUCUUUUUGCACCUCAUCUUGGAUGUUUUUUUCCCAAUGUCAAUGGCUAGUGUGAAAAUGAAUAAUUUGUUUAAAUAUAAAACCAUGGCUGUUGUCACCACUACAAAUUCA